GGGUUACACUGACAGCCGUAAACAGAACACCCUAACCCGGCACCAUUUCCGGGUCAGGGGUCACCGCCUGAACGGGUCAUGUGAUCGGAAGAUGGCUGCCGGGCUGCGGGCCCUGUGAGGGAAGUGACGGUUCCUGGUUCGAGCGCCAGCCGGGGAGAAGCGGACCGGGGGCUGGGGGAGCUCGGCUGGCGUUAGCGCCUGGCGCGGCGGAGGCCCCGGGCCGGGGAAGCAGCCCGCCCUCCGUGCUUGCAAGGACAGCCCGAGCUGGCGGGGGCAGAGCCGGCCCCUGCCCGUGCCCGGAGUCGGGGAGAGAACCGGCCCUGGGCGGGAGGCGACCAGCGUGAGCGAGGAGCUGGCGGGGGCGGGCCGCCCCCGGCAUCCUGGAGCGGGGGGGGGGGACCGGUCCUUUGGGCUCGUGACUGUGAACCUGGGGUGGGGGAGAGGCUGAGACUGAGCCCCAAGGACGGCGGGAGUUAGGGGUACCUGGAAACGGCGUGAAGCUGAUCUCUAGGGGUGCUGAGUGCGUGGCUGGGGCUGAGACAGCUAAUCCCGGGGACUGAGAACUAAGGAAUAUGGGGAACUAACUUGCCAGGCACCUUGGAUGAGGAGGGCUGACUCCCUCCCACCCCCCAGAGACCCUGAGGUGGGAGGACCUUAGCCCUGGAUAGGGGUUGGGAAAGGAGGCAGUUCCUUUAGUGUGAGAAGGGUUUCUUCCCCUGAUGGGUUUUGGUUGAUCUUUUCAGUUUUGGGGUUGGGGGAAGGGUUCCCUUUUCCAUGUCCUUUCACUCCACCUAUAAAUAUGAUCAGCGCCCCUGAUGUGGUGGCUUUUACCAGAGAGGAAGAGUUUGAAGAGGAGGCAUACAAUGAACCAUCCCUGCCUGAGGAGUACUCUGUGCCACUGUUCCCCUUUGCUAACCACGGUGCCAACCCCUGGUCCAAGCUUUCAGGCUCCAAGUUCACCAAGGACUUCAUUCUCAUCUCCGAGUUCUCAGAGCAAGUGGGCCCACAGCCUUUGUUGACCAUCCCGGAUGAUGCCAAAGUUUCUGGCACUUUUGAUCUGAACUAUUUUUCCCUCCGGAUCAUGUCUGUGGAUUAUCAAGCCUCCUUUGUGGGGCACCCUCCUGGAUGCUCCUACCCAAAGCUAAACUUUGUGGAGGAUUCCAAAGUGGUGUUGGGAGAUUCCAAGGAAGGAGCUUUUGCUUAUGUGCACCAUCUAACUCUUUACGACCUUGAAGCUAGAGGCUUUGUGAGGCCUUUCUGCAUGGCGUACAUUUCCACUGACGAGCACAAAAUCAUGCAACAGUUUCAGGAGCUCUCUACAGAGUUCUCCAAAGCAUCAGAGUGCUUAAAGACUGGUAACAGGAAAGCUUUUGCCAAUGAACUUGAAAAGAAACUGAAAGACCUUGAUUACACCAGGACAGUGCUGCACAAUGAAACAGAGAUACAAAAGAAAGCAAACGACAAAGGAUUUUACACAACCCAGGCCAUUGAGAAAGCUAAUGAACUGGCUAGUGUUGAAAAGUCCAUAAUUGAGCAUCAAGACCUGUUAAAGCAAAUCAGGUCAUAUCCUUAUAGAAAACUGAAGGAUUCUGAUUUCCAUCCGUAUGAGCCAGAGUGUGCACUGGAUCAAGCUAACCCAAGCUUUGAUCAAGACUCUACUACCUCUAACCCUGAUGAGCCCAGUGAAACGCAUCUUUAUGCACGGUUGCCAUCUUACACCCCUAAACUCAUCAAAGCAAAAUCUGCCAAAUGUUUUGACAAGAAGCUGAAAACCUUGGAGGAACUCUGUGAUGUUUAUUUUUUCACCCAAACUCUUGAUCAGUUAAAUCAAAUAGAGAAAACAUUUAGAGGCGAUGUGUGCUACCUUUUGACCAAUCAGAUCUGUAAAGCACUUUUAAAGCAGCAAAGUAUAACUAACUUCCUUUUUGAAGAUAAGUCUGUUUUAGAUGAAAAACCAGCUGAAAAACAGUACAGUGGUUGUCAGGGAUCUAAUCAGGACACUGUCAACACCAAGUGUUUGGAAGAAUCUCCAAUUCCUAAAGUGUUAAUCAGCUUGGAAUCUUACAAAUCUAGUGUGGAGUCUGUACCUAUCAAGAUGGAGCAGGAGAUUGAAGAUUCCCAAGAACCAGAAGUGACUGAACCUAUUGCUUUUGACCGGGAGAAUUUGGAAUACCUUGAUGCAGACAUUAAAGGGAGUAUUAGUAGCGGUGAAAGCAUUGAGGUUUUGGGAACAGAAAAGUCUACUGCUGUUCUGACAAAAUCUGAGAGCCAGGCAAGUUUGCCUAUCCACCCAAGUCCACAGGUGGUCAGGAGCAAGGCAGUUAGCAGAAGGACCAUCAGUGAGGACAGCAUUGAAGUCCUCAGCUUGUGUCCUUCGGAAUCUUUGAUCCCUGAAGAUUUUAAAGCAAGCUACCCAAGUGCCAUUAAUGAAGAAUCUUAUGCAGAUGUUGAAGGUCGAGGUAUUCACGUCAGCCCGAGUUUAAAUCCAUCGAACGUUGAAGAGAUGGAAGGCAAUUCUGAACUGGAGAAAUUAUUGCCAGUUGAUUCUGCCUGUUGUAUUGGGAAAGAGUCUCCAAACUUUUUAGAGACGCUACCUGACCUAACACACGAACAUUGUGAUGAUGAUGAUGGUGUGGUCAGUAUUCCACCACAGCCAUAUAGACAGGUGGAUCAGGGAUUUCAUGUGAACUUCACAGACUGUUCUUCACAUGAUGAUGUCUCAGGAGGACUGCUUUCAUAUGAACUUGAUCCGCAUUACUUAAGCAGUAGAGAGGCCAGUAGAAUUAGUCUGGAUGAAUACUCAGACUCCACAAGCUACGUGAGCAGUGCAGCUUCCACAUGUUCUGAGACUCCUUCUCCGGCUCAUCCUCUCAGUCACUUUAAUGAAAGGCACAAAAAAAAGGCUGGCCAGAAUGCCUUGAAGUUCAUUAGGCAAUAUCCUUUUGCUCAUCCUGCAAUAUAUUCUCUGCUCAGUGGAAGGACGCUAAUAGUGCUGGGGGAAGAUGAAGCAAUGGUAAAGAAACUUGUGACUGCUCUCUCCAUCUUUGUUCCUAGUUGUGGGGUGUAUGCCAAGCCUGUGAAACACUGGGUCACUUCCCCUUUGAAUAUCAUGGAUUUUCAGAAGUGGAAGCUGAUUGGACUGCAGAGAGUGGUUUCCCCUGCUGGUGUUAAUACGCUGCACUCCUUGGGUCGAUACAGCCGGUACAUCAGCAUUCUGGAUGCAGACAGUAAGACUCUACGCUGCCCCCUUUAUAAAGGAACCCUGGUGCCCAGGCUUGCUGAUCACCGCACUCAGAUCAAACGAGGAAGCACCUACUAUAUGCAUGUCCAAAAUAUUCUAACUCAGCUGUGUUCUAAGGCCUUCCUGUACGCCUUCUGCCAUCACUUGCACCUUCCCAUCAACGAAACCGAAACAGAGGAAUCCAUUGUGUCUCGCAGGAUGAACUUUCUGAAACUUCAUCUGGGACUUGUGAAUGAAGAUGUCAAAGUGGUACAGUACCUAGCAGAGCUGUUGAAAUUGCAGUACAUUCAGGAACCUGUCAGCGGUAUUAACCCUAUGCUCAGAUUUGACUACGUUCCCAGCUUUUUGUACAAAAUUUAGUAUCACCUGGGCUGCCCUUCUGUGGACUCUGAUUUUGAUGAAGAUCAUCUGUGCUUGACUUGGCUAUUUACAAAUAUCUGAUAUAUCGGGAAGAAUGCAAAGCAGUCAACAUAUUUGCAAGCAAGAGUCUGCUGUGUAGAAAACAGUGUCUGAAGGGACCUGAUUUCUGUGCGACUCCCAGCAGCUGAGAACUGGAUGUGUUGUACCCCAGCAAAGAAAUGAGAUCUAAAAAUAUUGGCCACUCCAUCCUUAAAUGUUAAAGGGACACUGUCAACUUUUAAAAACCUUACUAAGAACACCAUUCCUUUCAUGUUCAUGGCGCAGGGAGGGUGGGAGAAGUCGGCUGUCCUUAUGGGGUGACAUCUGACGAGUAGCGUCCAGUCCCCUCAAUGCAUGUUAACUUGUAUAUUCAAGUUAAAACUUCGCAUUUUCCUGGCAACAUCAGCGUUGCUAGUGCAUAGACAGGAGUGAAGUAUGACCCCUGUGGAUUUUGACUAUUUUAUAUAUACAGCAAAAUACAUUUGCCCAAGUGUAGGGGUGAUACUGAUAUAUAUAUAUAUAUAUUAAAGCUUCCAACCAUGAUGGAGGCUAAAAAUUACCUGCCCACAUUAAAUAGUUCACAGUGCCCCUUUGCAUUGUCUGUGCUGGUUAAUGGUUCAUGGAAUUGAUUGUUGCUGAGCCUAUGAGCUAGAGAUCAAAGCGUGUAUUCUUCUGUUGACUUCUCAGCUUUGCUGGAAGACGAAAAGGUGGAAGGAGUCCUUCUGUAUCUUAGACUGCACGGAGGCCCCCCCUUCAGUGUGAAUGUAGAGCACCGUGCCUUGUUAAUUUGCAGCGUUCUCUUUUCUUGAUGACCUGGGGAUGGGGAAGGAGACCUCCAAGUCUUUAAAGCUUGCUAGGACUUCGCAGCACUGCUGUGGUGUAACCUUGAAGGAAAUAUGCUAGUUGAAUAGCAAAAAGGGCCCCUGUUGGUUGCUCUCUCAGUGUAGAGAACGAAUAGUGUAACUCGGCUGAAGCUGCACGCAGGGGGGGAUGGGGACAAGGAGCCUCUUAGGCCAGGUGCUCAGGCGGGAUCGGGAAUGAAUGUACUUGGAGGAAAUGUUUUAUCCUUUGUAGUUUUGUGUUGGGGGCUAGAUUUGCAUUGGAUAGGAAAAUGAGCGUAGGUUCGGCGGCAGCGAAUGCUGCUUCUGGCUCUGGCUCACCACUCCAAGUUAGUUAGUUAUUUUUAAUGCCAUGCCUUUGCAACUUCUCUACUACCUCUCCCAUAGCAUCCCUUGGGUGGUUCUGGAUGCUGCAUGCAGUGCUGCGUUUCACUGAGCCUAUUCGUUGGAUAUUGAGGACUUUCAAAGCUCCUCCCACAUUGCAAACUGUGCCAGAACCUUCCUAUUGCCUUUAUGGUGAGUGCCGAAGGAUUCAUGCUUUGCUUUUGUCAUGCAUCUCUUCCUUCCAGGAGAAUCUCCGAGGAGGUUACAUCUCAUCCACUGCCACCCCUUGGCUAGAGAUUACUGCAGUACAUCUGAUGCCAGCCCCCAAAGUUCUUUUACGUGAGAGAAAAGUCUGGGUGGAAAACAUCACCUUGGUUUUAUUUCUUUUUAGCACUGUUCUUGUCUGAUUCGGGGGGAACAUGGGUUUUACUAGAGUAGCUGAACUGUGUGUGUAUAUAUAUAUUUUUUAAACCUCUGUCUAAUGUGAUUAUGUGAGACAGUGCUGAAAUUGAAUGUAAAUUUCUAAUGUACCAGAGGAAGCUGCAAUGCAGAGUGUUGGGUUUGUUCGUGUGUUUUAGAUUCCGUUGAUGCGAUAGCUGCGCUCUUAUGUAACGUGCAUCCCAAACAAAGAGAGGCUCCUUAGAGCCAUAUUGUUCCUAGCGUCCAUAGUGCUGCAACACUGACUCCUCCUCACACCGAGAAACGUCUUUGAGACAGAACUGAAGCAGACCUGGGGGAAGCAAUGGGGAGGGAAGACCGUCUUAAGUGUUAGUAUCACUACUAUAGUGAGACCAGGUGAAGCAGGAAAUAGUGAGUUACCGCAAGCUCACUAAAGUCGGAGGUUGCUUGUGAUUUUUAGCAUGCAGGCGGGAGCCAGCGUAAAAUAGCUUUUUGCUGAAGGGCUGAGCAGUGUGUGCAUGUGUCCCGUCAGCUUCACAUGUGUCUGCGCACCACGCUGCAGAAUUGUUUUCACAUUUAAAGAGCAUGUUUAAAGAACUUUUCUUUCUCAGAUUCUAAAUGUGACCGCCUGUAUGCAGCUGUUGCAUGUGAACUGGGUCUGCUAAGUGAAAGCUAUUUUUAUACUUCUAUAAAAACACUGUAAUGUACUAGGUGACUGAAGCCACUGCUUGUUAAAUCAAGGGUUUGUCUUAAUAACCUUAAGCCUAGACAAGAUUCCAAGUAGAAAAAGAACAGCUGGGAUCAUAAGUGACUAAUACAGGUAAUACGAUUCAGUCAUAACCUCUCGGCCUAUUAAUUGAUGGAGUGGAAAUCUAUUCGUCUCAAGACCUCACCUUUGUACUGAAAAAUAACCUGACACUAAUUGGGAGUGAGGAGGGUAAGAUGUAUUGAAGUCCGUGGAGACUUUUGUGUCUCCCUAGCUGACAGGCUGGUGAUGGUUGCAGGAUACAGUAUUACGGGACUUUCUCGUUACAGCAGCCUUUAUCUGUACUUUGUGUAAUCAGACUCCUAAGGUGGU